CAUUUUAUCUGGCAUGUCCUGAAAAGUUUGCUAGAAACAGGCGUACCUGAGGCAGAGUCACUCCUGCUGCACCUGCUGCCGGCUUUGACUUUGCUUCAGCUCGGAUUUACUUCAACAUGACCAAGUGAUCCCACUUUAAAAAAACAAACAAACAAACACUUCUUUUUUCCCCCCUGCCUGCGUAUUGAAUCAGUCGACGUCAACAAUGAAGAAGGGGCUGCAUUUUUUGGGUCGGAAGAACCAAUCUCUUUAUGACACCAACAUUAAGAUUCCGGACAGGGACAGUGUUCAGCUGGUGCUGGAGGAGUCAGAGUCUGCAAUCUUCGAAUCUGGGACUGCCAAUGUGAGGGCCAGACCCACCGUAAAGCAUCAUGCUUUCUCAUUUGAAACCUUCCAAGGACGUGCCGUCCCAACUCCGACAGUCCCUGAACUUCCCCCUGCCAAUGGCCCAAUAGUCAAUGGGACAGGUGCUGGAGAUCAUUCCUCCAAUGGUUCUGUUGUAUCCGUCCCAGGCCACAUUGAAGAGAAGAUCUUUGUUCCUCCUCCUCCUCCCUCAGUGGCCCCUCCACCCCCUCCUGUGAAUUUCAUCCCUCCUCCACCAGACUUCAUGGGUGACCUAAACAGCUUAGAUCCUGUGGCCCUCCAGCCUCCAUCCAUGCCUGCUCCAAAACCACCAUCUGUGGUGGAGAAAGAUUUGUCCCUUUUGAAACCACCACCAAUGGCGCCUCCAAAACCGCCAUCUAACUGUUCUCCUGCACCUGGGUCAGAAGCACCUGUCUCUGUUCCACCGCCAACCCAAGUACCAGAACGUCCAAAAUUCGCCCCUCCGCAACCACCUACUGAAAAGCACCUGAAGAGUCAUAAGGUUCCACCUCCGAAACCUAUCAGAUCGUCUUCGGUGUCCACUGCUGAGCCCCCAGCAAACCCUCCCCAAGUGCCCUCCUCCACAUUGUCCACCUUCAGUUCCCAGAACAACGCAAAGGUGUACAAUCCUCCAAAGCCCACAGUAUUUUCGAAUGAGAAGGAUAAUCAGACGGCAACACAGCAGCAGAUCACAGCAGGAGCUAACUCUGCUCCUGCUGUGAUGAAGGUGGAUGGAAAAGUCUCUCAAGCUCCUCAGCUACCGAAACCAGAGCCCAAACCUGUACAACAACCCAAGGGGGAUUUAGAAAUUAAACAAUCUGAAUUACCUGAAGUUCCCAAAGUACCUAAAACAGAAGCAAAGAUAGAGAUUAAAACAAAGUCUCCAACAGAGACUAAAGCAGGCACUGUCCCACCUCAGUCAGAGAUAACGAAACCCCUCCAGCCUUCACCAUUGCAUAGAACGACUAAUGUCCAGAUCAAUUCAGAGUCCAAGAGCACACUGGAAGUAUCUCCAGGUCAAAGCCGCAGUUUCAGCCCUCUAUUGGAUCGUAAGCUGGACAGCCUGAAGGCUAACGAACCCAAACACUCUUCAACCUCGCCGUUCGCCCUCCUGAAGGCCGCUAAGGAAAGAGAGAAAAAUAAAAAUACUCAAUCUUUGUCCCGCGAAAGCAGCACCAGGAGAAAUGAACCAAGUCCUAAUUCCGUCACUGUCAUUCCAACAUCAACGUCUUCAGUUCAACCAAGUCAAAAUAGUCUGCAGGAGAGUGCAACUCUUAGGCCUGCAGAAACUAAAACAACGAUUCAGGCUACAGAAACACCCAUGAGUUCGACUGCACUGGCCAAAGACCAGAAACUCUCAACUGGUCCAGUUUUGAGUAAAUUCACAGCACUCUCAUCUCCAGCUGUAAGCAACCAGACUGAGCAAAAGCAAAGAGCAGAAGAAAAGCAAUUAAAAUCUCAUGACUUACAAAAUGAUACUCCUAAACAGAAUAUAAAUGUACCGUUGCUGCCUCCACCACCAGAGUUUGGUGACUUUGAUCAAAUACCAGAGCAUCCCCCCUCCAUUUGUCCACCCAAUCCCCCCACAGAAAAAGCACCAACACCACCUAAAGCUUCAGCUCAAGCCCCGUCUCCUGCCCCAGCUCAAGUGAUGGCUCAGACCCCAGCUCAAGCUGCUGCCCCAACUCAAACUCCAGCUCCAGCACCAGCUAAAACCCCAGCCAAAGCUCAAGCUCCAGCCCCUUCACCUCCAAAGCUCCCGCCUUCUGACAUACAAGUCAAACCAAAGCCACCAGUCCAGACUAAAUCCAAUCCAGCCUCCACUCAAGCACCAUCCAAUCUUUCACAAAACCAGGCCACCCUCCUCAGUAUUUUACAGAAAAAGAUGUUGGUAAUGGACCAAAAAAUGGCCCCAGUUAAUGACUCAGAGCACAAUUCUGAUGACUGGAGUACUGGCUUUUCUGAUGAAGACAACAAGGUGCCAGCAGUGCCACAACCUAAACAGGGGACCAAAAACCCACCUCCCCCCAGCAACAAACCAGCAUCUUUUAACAUGAAAGAGUUGGAGACCAAAGUUUUGAAAAAAUACCAGAGUACACAAGUGAAGAGUCCCACCAAAAAUGGGAUACGUUCAAGACACCAGUAUGGGAUGACUUUCACCAUCAGGCCUGGAACUAAACAGCCCAUAACUCUUGCAAGUAAAGAGGAUUCUUAAAGGUCUUUGAAUGAAGAACAAACCAGCUGUAUAUAAAGUAGCAUAUGCCAAGGCCCUGACAUGGAUAUUCUGUGAGAUUUCUCCCUGUGUCUGCAACACCUGAUACUGCACAAAACUGAGUUUUGGUGAAAAUGAGAAAAUACAUAUUAAAAAAAAAAACCUGACACCAAAGUCCCCUUUGAACAUGCCGAUCCAGACUGUUUAUGUCAGAAAUCUCACCAACAAUUGAGCAGUUUUUCUGGGUUUUUGUACAUCUGACUGUUUUCAUUGAACAUGAAAUAUUGCUGGCAGAUGUCACAAUUACCCAAGUACUGCUUCAGCCGUGCUCAGGAUUUUCUCUUACAUUUUAAUGUUGUCCAUCAUCAUCUAUGGGUGCAGCACAGGUAUUACAUCUCUUUUGCUUGGAAUGAGGUGUUGGUUCAGAUUUUUAUUUUUAGAAACUGAGAAAGAAAAUCUCAGUUUAAAAAGCAUCCAGUGUCGUGUAUCUAGGACCUAAGUCAUGUGAUUUUACUUUAGCAGUAAUUUGUGCAAUUUUUCAGUUAGCUAUGAAGUUACAAGUGCUUUCUUUAUUAAUUAGGAAGUUCAUGCUGUCAAGAUGAUUGUUCCAUUUUUAAAAUGCAAUGUUUUCUUUCUGAAAGUCUCAUAGUAAUGUGGAUAUUUUAAAUGCAAUGUGUUUUGUGUGUUUAAUCCUAUGUUUCAUUUAGAGAUGCACAAAUUUUCUUUGAUUGGCUCUAAUUGAUUGUUAAUAAAAAAACAUUUUCCUGUUUCUUUUAAGUAAAUGACCAAAAACAUUGGCUUUAAUGCACUAUUCACACUUAAUCCACAUCAAGUAAAGUUUGAGAAAAUGUGAUGCGGUACCUACAUGGGUAUAAUAUUUUAAAUGUAGGUGAUAAUAUAAUAUAAUAUCAAGAACCUGCAGUAUGUUUUGUCUUUUAUGCGUUAUAAUAAAUCAGUCCAAUUUAAACCCGACUAAUCAAAACAAUUGGUAUCUGGCAGGAAAAGCCGUAAACUGUUUUUUUUUUUAAUGAAAAUGUAUAUGGGUUAUUGUCUAUAUUUAUGUAAAUUAUAUAGUUGAUAAAAAAUUCUGUUGUUCUCUCAAAUAUUGGAUGUAAAUUAUGUUGUAUAAAUUAAGUGUAUAAGCUGGAAUUACACACACUGUAACCAUUCUGUCCAUCCUCUGUUACAUGUACAUAAGUCCUCCAGAACAAAGCAGACUGUCAACUUAGGUAACCAGUUGCAUGUAGUUUUUAUAUUUAUUGAUUUUAAAAAUAUUGUGCUAACUAUAGUUAUCCUAUAAUUAAUUAUUGAGAUGGUUACAUUUACACAACUACCACUGUACAUAGUAAGCUUGAAGUAGAUGUCUGUGUAAAUUAUAAACAUUUAUGAACAUUU